AACAAUUCAAAAAAAUAGGUAGAAGAUACAAAAACUAUUAUACAAGCUUAUUCCGUGGGCAUUGAAAAACGGGCUAACAAUUGAUACAAAAGACAAAUUCCAAUAUAUCCAUUUUGGAGGAACACCACUGCAAGAAACAAAACGAAAAUCACUAUCUCUUUAAGUUACUCAACACUCAAUGAAAAAUUAUUUUUGUAACACAGAAAUCACCAUUCCUCUAAAACAUGUUGUGAGCCUGUCGGAUGUCUACAUUUGGCUCCUGUUGGUUCCUCGGUAUUUGUUACCGGUCUGCUCCCGUGACGCUCUGUGAUCUAACCCAGUUCCCUAUAAGAAGGGCUGGCGAUCUUUUCUACGUUUUUCUUUCUGAUAUACUUCUCUACCUUUAUAUGAUCAUGGAUUCGUUACAACAAAUGCCCACUUGACAUUAAAGAGAGAAUCAAAGCACAAAAUCCUACAGUGUUAACCGUUUGUAUUGAGACUGCAAUCAUACACAAUUACCUAGGAACAAAAGAGGGCCUACAGACACUAUAUGUUUUUGUUACCCAUGUAUGGCAAUUUAUAAGGUAAACACGAUAUAACAUCUAUUUCUUAUUUAUAUUCAUUCGUCCUUGAUGUGAGUUUUCUUCCCUUUAGGGUUUUCUCACAUCCAUGGUAAAAUUACAGGGACAGUUU